AAUGAGUCGUCUCAUAGCUAUCAUUCUCUUUUUUAAUUUAUCCGUUUGUCAAGAUAUAUAUAUGACAGUUGACUUGGCAUUGAAAAAAGUAACUCAACAAUCUUCUACUUCAGCUGCGAAAAUAAGUUCUUUUGCUGUAGAUGGAAAGUUCAAUCCUACACCAGCUCUUUGCAGUGAAACUUUAGUUGAGAGUAAUCCUUGGUGGACAGUUAAGUUUCACAAAGCUUUUUUCGUAAGGACAGUCAGAAUUUUAAGCCCUAGCACUAAACCUCAAAAAUUGAAAAAUAUUACUGUGAAAACGAGUUUUUUGGAGAAUGCAAAUCCGAUAAACGACGAAUCAUUUAGAACUUGUAAUAACUUUACAGUCAGUAUCAACCCCAGUCAAUCAGCUACUAUUUACUGUAUCCAGCAAUAUUAUGCAAGAAAGGUUCUUAUAUCAUCCACAAAAGAAGGUCCAGUUAAGUUGAAUUUUUGUGAAGUAGAAAUUUGGAGUAUGAGAAAUAUAGCGCUAAACAAGCAAUCAAGUCAAACAUCUAGUGGUUGGAGUGGAGCUGCAACGAUAGCAAACGAUGGUCAUACAAAUGCUCUUUACUAUUCGAAUGGUUUAACUUGUUCGCAUACACACAACCACGUUUAUUCAUGGUGGAAAAUAGAUCUUAGCGAACAAAGUAAUAUAUUCGCUUUAACAGUCGUCAAUAGAGUAGGAUUAACUUUUCGCUUGAAAGAUAUCAGAGUCUCUGUAUCUGACAUUGACUUCACACCAACCAUCUAUUCUCAAACGGAAUGUUCCAUUAAAGAGACUUUUAACAGCUAUACAACUCUUAGAUCUAAAAAAGAUUGUACAGGUCGAUACCUAGCUAUGCAGAUGACUAAAAAGCACGGUUCACAAAAUUAUUUGACGUUGUGUGAAGUUUCAAUCUACGGAACGCAUUUUAACUCUGAAAUUACAUUUGUGCCUGUCAUUGUAAAUGAGACUUAUACUUGCAAUACUGUUGCUAUAAAGAAGAUAGAUUGUAAUGGAAAUUCCUUUUAUAGUAUUAAUUUGUUAGAUUUAUCAGGAAACCAAAUUACUGUGGAUUUAAUGAGCGUACUAAUCGGUAAUGAAUGCGCAAAAAGCAGUCUCAAACUUUUUGCACAUUGUUCGUUAGAUCAUUUUGUUACUGGUUGGCAAAGUAAUGUUGUUUUAAAUGAAUGUGAGUUAGAGAGUGUAACUGAUGGAUACUAUACAGAAUUUGAUAUGAACGAUAUAUGUUCAUUUAAAUGUCGUUGCAAUGAAGGGGAAGCCAAAUAUUUAUCAGUUUUUAUGAUGGAAUCUUUUCCGUUAACAACUUAUAAAGACAUUUAUUUAGUUAUCAAAUUAUAA